AUGAUCAUGCUCACAUUGUUGCUGUACUUUGGUCUUAUUGUGGAACCCAGGAUGACAGGACAGGCAGGACACCUCCCAAAGCCCAUCAUCUGGGCUGAGCCAGGCUCUGUGAUUGCACAACAUGCACCUGUGACUAUCUGUUGUCAGGGUUCCUGGGAGGCCAAGGCAUAUCAUCUGUAUAAAGAGCAAAGUGUAGAUCCUUGGGACACUCAAUUCCCUCUGGAAACAAUGAAUAAGGCCAAGUUCAACAUUGAACACAUGACAACCACCUAUGCAGACAUCUAUAAGUGUUACUAUGUGAGUGCUGCUGGAUUUUCAGAGCAGAGUGAUGCCAUGGAGCUGGUGAUGACAGGAGCGUAUGAAAAGCCCAGCCUGUCUGUCUGGCCCAGCAAUAAUGUGAACUCUGCAGUUUCAAUCCCAUUUCAGUGUAGUUCGUCUAUAGGAUUUGACAGAUUCAUUCUGAUCCAGGAAGGAAAACACCGCCUCUCAUGGACGCUGGACACACAGCAUCAGGCCUAUCCGCCAUUCCAGGCUACUUUUGUUCUGGAUGCUGUUACUCCCAACCACAAUGGAACGUUCAGAUGCCAUGGCUUUUUUAGGACUGCACAACAGCUGUGGUCAAAAUCAAGUGACCCCCUUGACCUCAUAGUCUCAGAUUCUUUGAGGCAGUUAUGA